AUGGAAAAGAAGCAAAAAGUUGUGGUGGUUGGUGCCGGGCCGGUUGGGUCACUUGCGGCAUUGUAUGCUGCCAAUAGGGGUGACGAUGUUGAAAUCUACGAGCUUCGCAGUGAUCUCCGGGAUCCGACGACGACACCAUUGAACUUCACUAAAUCCAUUAACUUGGCUCUGUCGGAGCGCGGCAUCAACGCCAUGCGCCAUGCUGGCCAACCAAAGCUCAUCGAACAUGUGAUGGGGGCCACCAUCCCCAUGCACGGCCGUAUGAUUCAUGGCAAACGUGCAAACGGCGAUCUCUUUGAAGAAUCCCAGAAUUACGAUGUAUAUGGGCGGUCCAUCCUCGCCGUCGACCGUGGCCGUCUCAACGAGCGGCUCCUCGACAUUUUGGAGGCGAUGCCGAACGUGACUUUUUUCUUCAACCACAAACUCACAGGGGCAGACUUUCGGAAAAACAAGGCCUGGUUCGAAGUGAGGGAUAAGACCGGCGCAGCUCAAGGGCAACAGAGCCGGGAGAUCGAGGUUAAAUUCGACCUCAUGAUCGGGACCGAUGGCGCCCAUUCCGCUGUCAGGUACCAUAUGAUGAAGUACACUCGUAUGGAUUACGAGCAGGUCUAUAUCGACACCAUGUGGUGCGAGUUCCAGAUCCAGCCCAAAACUGUCGUGCCCGACGCCCCUUUGGAUUCCAAGUUUUCGAUAUCCCCCAACCAUCUCCACAUCUGGCCCGGCAAGGAGUUCAUGUUCAUUGCCAUUCCCAGCGAUGAUGGGUCUUUCACCUGCACGCUCUUUGCCCCGGCCACGCUGUACGAACAUCUAGAAUCCGACCGCACCGGCUCGCUCGUCCCACCCUUCUUCGACAAGUAUUUCCCCGGCGUGACCACUCUCAUCCCCCCAACUGAGCUUAUCGACUCCUUCCACCGCAACCCGCACCUCCCGCUCAUCAGCAUCAAAUGCAAACCCCACCACUACGGCUCCUCGGUCGUCAUCCUCGGCGACGCGGCGCACGCCAUGGUGCCCUUCUAUGGGCAGGGGAUGAACGCGGGACUCGAGGACGUGCGCAUCCUCUUCGACAUCCUCGACAAGCACGCGCGCAUGGACGAGCUCAGCGCGUGCGCGGACCGGGCCGUCUCGCGCGAGCACGCCCUCGCCGAGUACACGGCGGUGCGCGUGCCCGACGCCCACGCCAUCAACGACCUAGCCCUGCAGAACUACGUCGAGAUGCGCGCGUCAGUGCUGUCGCCCGUCUACCGCCUGCGCAAGUUCCUCGAGGAGGCCCUGUCCAAGUAUGUCCCCUCCCUCGGCUGGCAGACCAAGUACGCCCGCGUUUCGUUUGGGAAUGAGCGCUACUCCGAGGUUGUGGCCAAGAGCGAGCACCAGGGCAAGAUGCUGGUGCGGGGGAUUGGUAUCCUCUCCUGCCGUGUUGGACGAGCUCUCCACAACGAGUGA